UUAUUCAACGUAUCGGUGAUGUUGCCGGCAGUGGGAGUUGGUCUUUUGGCUCUUUUUCACAGUGCAAUAACUGUGACUGCAUUGGUGGACUCUGAUGAUGUCAUCACUCGAGAUGAACAGAUCUACGUGCUGAUUGGUGCGCACGCCAAUUGUGAAAAGAGCAUCAAGGCACAAAUGGCUCUUGCGCAAGAAGGUGAAUGUAUCCCCGAGUGGGACGGGAUCAUCUGCUGGCCAAGGAGCAAGUCGGGUCAGCUGGUGUCUGUUCUGUGUCCGGAGUACAUUUACGACUUUAAUCACAGAGGUCGGGCUUACCGCCAAUGUGACGCAUCUGGUAACUGGGAGCAGGUGUCCAUCAUCAACCGCACGUGGGCCAACUACAGCGAGUGCACCGCCUAUUUGUCGUCAAAUUAUAGGAACCAGGAAGAGAAGGUGUUUGAAAGACUCCAUCUCAUGUACACUGUUGGCUACUCCAUCUCUCUGGCAUCCCUGUUGGUGGCUGUCUCCAUACUCUGCUACUUCAAGCGUCUCCACUGCACCCGCAACUACAUCCACGUCCACCUCUUCACCUCCUUCAUAUGUAGAGCAGUCAGCAUCUUUGUGAAGGACGCUGUGCUCUACUCAGUGACAGUUGAGAGUGAAGAAGAACCUGAGCUUGCAGGACACAAGCAGCAUAUGGCUGGCUGCAAAGUAGCCGUCACGCUCUUCCUUUAUUUCUUGGCCACCAACCAUUACUGGAUCCUGGUGGAGGGCUUGUACCUACACAGCCUUAUCUUCAUGGCUUUCCUCUCUGAUAAGAACUACCUGUGGGCUCUAACUGUCAUUGGGUGGGGUGUUCCUGCUUUAUUUGUGUCCAUUUGGGUCAGCGUGCGAGCAUCACUGGCAGACACACAAUGCUGGGACAUCAGUGCUGGGAACCUUAAGUGGAUUUAUCAAGUUCCCAUUCUGGCGGCCAUUGUUGUGAAUUUCCUCCUCUUUGUCAACAUUAUACGUGUUCUAGCCUCCAAACUGUGGGAGACAAACACUGGCAAACUGGAUCCUCGACAACAAUACAGGAAGCUCCUCAAGUCAACGCUGGUGCUCAUGCCCUUAUUUGGAGUCCACUACAUGGUUUUUAUGGCUCUUCCUUACACUGAAGUGUCGGGGCUGCUGUGGCAGGUGCAGAUGCACUACGAGAUGUUCUUCAACUCAUCACAGGGCUUCUUCGUGGCCUUUAUCUACUGCUUCUGCAACGGCGAGGUGCAAGCGGAGGUAAAGAAGGCGUGGCUAAGAAGAAGCUUAGCGUUGGACCUGAAGCAAAAAGCCAGGAUAACCAGCAGUAACGGCGGCGGCAGCUGUUACUACGGCGGCAUGAUGUCUCACACCACCACUCACAGUGUCUGCAUGUCCGCCGCACAUCCCCGAGCGUUUCCCCUCGGCACCAGCAUAGGGUCCAGGCUACCUCGCCACGCCCCCCUCUACGCACAGAGCAGUCUACCCGGAUACGCCGUCAGCUAUUGUGAGACGUCGGGCCUCCAGCAGGAGAUGGCAGCAAGGAGGUCGGGAGGGAGCGAAUCCGGAGUUGUCUUUGCAAGGCAUGCAAGAGGAUGCAAGAGACAGGAGGACAAAAGCUGUGGGGCUCCAACACAGACCCCUCCGGAAGAUGAUGCCGACACCUCCUUGUCUGUUAAAGAGCUGGAAACUGCCUUGUAAGAACUUUGGGAUGCCAGGAUCCUGAAUAAGAAUAGUAGGUGAAACCACACAAUGUAGUUGUAUCCAAUACAAGAAAUAUAUGUACAUAUUUUGAAAUAUAGUCGAGGUUUCUGUGGUUUAUCCGUUAUAUAGUGCUCAAUAUCGGGGUAGAGCAGAAUAUAUAUUAGGUCAGGAAAAAACACAGAGGCUAUUUCAUCCCCACAAGCCUGUAGGCUUGCAGAAUUUUUUUAUUUUUAAAUACCAUAUUUUUCGGACUAUAAGUCGCAGUUUUUUUCAUAGUUUGGCCGGGGGUGCGACUUAUACUCAGGAGCGACUUAUGUGUGAAAUUAUUAACACAUUACCGUAAAAUAUCAAAUAAUAUUAUUUAGCUCAUUCACGUAAGAGACUAGACGUAUAAGAUUUCAUGGGAUUUAGCGAUUAGGAGUGACAGAUUAAUGGUAAACGUAUAGCAUGUUCUAUAUGUUAUAGUUAUUUGAAUGACUCUUACCGUAAUAUGUUACGUUAACA